AUGCCAGACCUCACUGCCGCCGAGCUCAGCAUUCCGGCCGAGCAGCACCCCGAUCCCGCAAAGCCACUGGUGAUACCCGUCGACUCAACAGUGGUAGGCUCUACCCUGCGCUUCAUUCCGUGGUCUGUGGUGGGCAAUCCGGCCCUCCUCCAGCUGCCCCCUCCUCCUCCGGGGAUGCAACCGUCGUGGGUCCAGAUUCCGCAGUGGGUCGCCAUCAGUGCGCUGCUCGCCUUCAGUGAGCCCGAGCCCGCUGUGGCCACCCACUUUGACAGGCUCAGCGUCUUGCGGCUGGCCGUAUUGGCCGCGGCCUGGCGCCGCAUCCUCGGUGCCUUGUCCGACCUCGGCGUCUUCAGCACGGUGCACGUGGAUGAGGAUGCGUUCCGUACGGUGUGCAUCCAGGCUCUGCACUCCCGCCAAAUCCCGGUGCCCGAGCUCUAUCUGCAGUGGGGCGAUUUGGGGUACUCUGAGGCUAUCGUGCCCUUGGGACCAGCGCCAUCUGCAGAAGCGAAGGCCGUCGACUUCUUGCAGUACGCGACGGUCGGGGCUCUUUGCGACCCUACGGCCGACGUCCCGUUCGCAGCCCUGUCUGACAUGACCCGCUGCUUGGGGCCCGUCUUCACGGCGGCGGCGCGCGUCGAUCCCAUGGGGAGCGCCGUCGUGGGGGCUGCAUCGCUCGCCGCCGCCGCUGGUCACAUCACUCCGCGAGCGAGCGAUGGGCACCCCUCCCUGCUCGCUCGGCAUGUGCUCAGCAUGCUGAAGACUACCCGCGCGAGUUUCCCGGCCUGCCUGAGGACCAACUCCUUUCAGAACUACUCUGCGGAGGUUGAGACUCGCGCCGAGUAUGUGGGCGGGACCGCCGCGGCGCGCGACCGAGUAACCGAGCAGCGUUGCUCGCGCGCUAUCGCAGCCAAGGCGCCGACGCUCGACUCCCUGCUCCGUGCGCUGCCUCGGCCAACGCCCCCGUCGGUCGUUUAUGAAGCCUACCGGCAGCUCGUCUCGCUCUACUUUCCGACGGAUCGGCGCCCUAUGGACCUGCUCCUGACUGAUCUGGAUGCUCAGCUUCACGCGCGGCUGCCCACCUACCAACACGCGCUGACCAACGGCAAGCCGUUCGCUUCGAUCCUGGCGGGGUUGCGCAAGCUUCACGAAUCGCUCGAGCCCUCGAGGAAGGCGCCAGUCAUGACUUCGACAGGCGACUCCGAGGACUCGGCGUUGGGCAAGUUCGACCGCGCGCCUAGCUGCUCGGCUGGCACCGCGUCCGAGCUUCGCCUCUUCGGGGCCGCCGUCCUCUACAACAAGUGCCGUCGCGGGGGAGCGGCGGCGCUCUCGCCGGCAGCCGCGGCAGGCUUGCGGGCAGAGCUGCUGAGGCUGGCGGCGGCCGCAGGCUGCGACGUCCGCCUGCGCGCGAAGCUCUGCCGUGCCGUGGCCACGCUGGCCUCGGCGCCCAGCGGGCGGCCGGCCACCGAGCACGACACUCCCGCGCUGCUGCACGAGGCGCUCGUCGCCGGGCUGCCGGCGGCCAGCGCGCUGGAGCUGGUGGGCCUCGUUGCAGAGGAGGCGGCGGAGAGCGAGGUGAGGGAGGCCGAGGUGCAGGCGGUGCAGGCCCUGCUCCUGCGCUGCCUCGCCCACGCCUUCGAGCCGAGCCGCCCGCCACCCGCCGCUGUCCCCGCCAACGCCGCGCCUGCGCUCGCCUCGCCCGCCGCGCGCUCGGCGGCGCUGGGCGCGCUCUCGGCGUGGGCGUCCGUGCCGGCGGCGGAGGCGGUAACCGUGGCGAUCCUCGCCGAGACGCCCGUGUUUGUCCCCCUCCUGAGGCUGCUCGCCUCCUCUGGCGGGGACAGCCCCGGCGGCUCGAGCGGCGGCGCGGCUCACUCGAGCGAGGCGCUCGCUGCGGCGGAGCUGCUCGAGGCGGCGGUCGAGGCGGAGCCUCGCGACGGGUGCGGAGGGUACAUGUACCUGUCGGCGGUCGAGCUGUGCCCCCUGGCGGCGGCGCUGCACGCGGCGCUCCAGCCGACGUGGCGGCGGGUCGACGCGGCCGCGGCAGCGGCGGGCCGGCAGGAGGCCGAGGCGGACGGCGAGGACGACGAGGAUGACGAGGGCGACAGCGAGGGCGCGCUGGCGCAGAUGUCGCUGCUGCGGACUGUGGCCAUGCUCCUGCGCGACGGAGCAGCGACCCUCCUCGGCCCCGCCCCCACCGCCGCCGCCGCCGCCGCCGCUGCGUCCAGCGACGAGGCCCUCGCCUCGCUUCUCGACAGCGUGCGGCGCGGCGGCGCGGCGCUGCAGGGACGCGACGACGGCGUGUCGGCCCUCGCCGGCGUCUGGCACAUCGGCCGCGCGUUGCUCUCGCGCCUCGUCGCGUGCCUCUCGCACGGUGGCCGUGCCGCAACCGAGGCUCUCCUCGCCACCGAGCCCUUCGGCCCCCCUCUCGCCGCCGCCGCCGCCGCGUGGCCCGCCGAAGCGGCGUCGCUGCGGCACGCUCUCGCCGCAGCCGCUUGUGCGCGCGCCACGUUGCCCCCCGCGAGGAGCGAGGACGGCGUCCUGCUGGUCCGCGGCGUGGGCCCGACGACGCAGCUCCGCGCCUUGCUCGCGCCCGCCCUCUGCGCCGCCGCGGAGCUCGACUCCGCCACGGUGCCUGCGCAAGCCCUCGUGGCGCUUCGCGGCGCGGCGGACGCCGUCGCUGGCGGCGAUCAUCGGGCCAGAAGCUCGUGGCGGGCGGCCGAAGUGGCGUUGUGGGCCGCCGCAGUGACGGCGCACUUGGUGCCACCGCCCAUGCCUCCGAUCGUCGGCGCAGAGCGGAGCGCAGAGCCAACCUCCGCCGAGGCGGCCGUGGCGGAGCUGCUCGAGGCUGCCCUCGGCGCGCCGUUCGAGGCUCUGCUCGCGUGCACUCGCGACACGACCUCCUCGCGCGCCGCACCGCCGGGCGCAGGCGCGUGGGCGGGCGCCGUUGGAGCGGAGGCGCUCCUCCUCGCGGCGCGCUGCCGGCUGCUCGGCGAGCACAGCGGAUGGCUCAACUCGAGGCCCGGUGCCGUUCGCCCUGUCGUCGCCGCUCUGGCACACGCCACGCGCCACGCGUCGGACUUUGCUGUCGAGGCUGCCGCAGAGGCGUUGCACGCAGUUGCAAUCGGGGCCGCCGCCACCAUCGCCGCGGACGGCCAUGCGCUCGAGGGCAUCCUCGCAGCGGCGCAGCGGCCCGCGAUGUGCGACGGCGCCGCGGCUGGCGCGAGCGGGAUGACGCCCGAGUUGAGGCUGCGGCUGCUGCAAGCUGCCGCGCUCGUCGUCGCCGCGGCGCCGCCGCCGCAGCCACUCGUCGCGCUGCUGUCGCCGGUGGCGAAUCAGCUGUCGCUGCUCGUCAACGCACUCGAGAGGGGAGCUGCAGACCGCUGGACGCUCGUCGAGACGUGUGCGGUUCUCGCUGCUGCGCUGCGGCCGCUCGGGCCCCAUCAGCUGGCGGGUCAGUUCAGCGAGCUGGGAGGCAUCGGCGAGGCCUUUCUGCAGCAGUUGUGGCCGCUCUGGGGCCGCGCGUUCCGGCUCGCGUGGCGGUCGGCACUUUCCACAGUCGAUGCCGAAGGCGACGGAGAGCCCGAUCCGGCCGUCGACGCGACAUGCUCGCUCGCGACCGCGUGCGUGUGGAGCGCCGAGCGUGGGUCCUUCCGACCGCUGGUGGAGGCGACCACCGCGGCCGUCGUCGAGGCGAUGCGUGCCGCCGCCGCUGCCGAAAUCGACGCUCGGACUUCUUGCGCGGUGUUGCUGCCAUGCACGUCGCUCGUCGCUUCCACCCUCGCGGCAGCCGCUUCAGACGACCCGGCGGCAGCUGUCGUCUUCGCGGGAGUGAUUGAUGAGGCGGUGGCCACGUCGCACCGUUUGCUCUGUGAAGUAGAGCGCGCGCCGCUUUGCGAGGCCGUCAUGUCCCUCGCGGCGCGUGCAGUCCACCUACAGCCUCUCGCGGUGCCGCACGCUCGCUCCUUGGGCGAGCUCCUCGCUGUUGCCUGCCACUUGCUCUCGUCGGCCGAGCCGGGGGAGGCCACGGCCGUCGCGUCCGUCGCGCUGGUGCUCUCCAUGGCACGCGGAUGCAGCGGUGCGGACGAGGCCGCGGCCGCAAGGACUUUGAGCGCCCUCCUAUGCGGGGACGCGGCGCGCCUCAUGCACGCGCUGCUCCUGGCCGCAGCUCGGGGCGCGCCGCGGCACGCUUUGCCCAGGAUCGGCGAGGCUUUCGCUCUCUGCCUCGAGCUGCCGGGGUGGGCACAGGCCGACGCGAUCGCCACUUGGGCCGCAAGCACGCAUGCUGCCCACGCGCUCCCGGCUCGCGAUGCUCUAGUCGCCGUUCUGUGCACAAAUGGCGCGCCAAGCAUGGCAAGGCGAGGGCUCGUGGUCGAGGCCGUGGUGGAUUACGGCCAUGCUUGCCGCAGAGAUCUGUUCCCGUAUGGCCAGUACUAG